CUGUUGCAUACACGCGCGCGCGCCUACACACACAUAUACACACACGCACACACACGAGCACACUCAAACACACACAAACUCACGCGCGCGCGCGACUCUGUCCGGCCAGCACACGGCUCGGACUCGCAGCUCACGGGCUUUUUUUAUUUCUAAAAAAGUAACAAAAAAAAAAACAAAAAAAAACGAAACAGACACCAAUCCGAGUGCUGCAAACUUUUUUCCUGCCGCAACCAUUCCAACUUUUUAUACCUCGUUUUAUUUGUUAUAUAAUAAAUAUUGUGGCCAAGUGGUAGUCAACAGUUGUUUCAUUUUUUUUAGGGUUUUUUUGCUUUCAUUUUUUUUCUUUUGGAAACUUUUUUUUUCUACAGACUGAAAAACUGAAAGGGAAAAAGACUCACUCGUGAUGGACGCGCUGUCAUUUAGGUUACUCGUUCUAGUGGCUUUGACCUCAGUCACUUUGGCUGGCGAAAUGAAUAAAGAAGACUCCUUGAAGAGCCGACUGAAGGAGUAUGGUCUGGUCACGCCUAUCAGCACUGACUCAGGUGGCCAUUUCUUAUCGCACCUCCUGUCAGCAAAUCACAAGCAGCGUGUCAAGCGCAAUGUACCCCAUGCCACUGAGCCAGCAGGUGAGAAACUCUUCUUCAACGUCACUGCUUUUGGCAAGGAGUUUCACCUGCGGCUCUGGCCCAACAGAAGGCUAGUGGCACCUGGCGCCAUGGUAGAGUGGCAUGAUGAGAUUUUGGUGCCUGGCAAUGGCACAGAGAAUGACACCCAUACAGACAGGAUUCUGAGGAGAGAGUUGCUUAAGACGGACUGCAAUUUUAUUGGGGACAUCACCGACAUACCUGGAGCAUCGGUUGCUAUUAACAACUGUGAUGGUUUGGCUGGCAUGAUCCGUGCGGACUCUGAUGAAUACUUCAUUGAGCCCCUGGAGCGUGGCACGCAGCAGUAUGAGGAAAAUGGGCGAGUGCACGUAGUGUAUAGAAGAUCCGCUCUUCUGCAAACGCCUUCGGACAUCUCAGUGGACUACGAACCUCCCGAGCCAGAGCUGAACGUCCCACGGGCUGUAGACAACAUCGGCAAACAAUUAAACAACACAUCCAGGAGACGCAGGCAUGCCGGAGACGAUGAUUACAACAUCGAGGUGCUUCUCGGUGUCGACGACUCUGUGGUGCGCUUUCAUGGAAAGGAGCAUGUACAGAACUACUUGCUCACCCUCAUGAACAUUGUGAAUGAGAUAUACCACGAUGAGUCACUGGGUGUGCACAUCAAUGUAGUUCUUGUGAGGAUGAUCAUGCUCGGCUAUGCAAAGUCCAUAAGCCUUAUCGAACGUGGGAACCCAUCACGGAGCUUGGAGAAUGUGUGCCGGUGGGCCUUCGUGCAACAGAAAGAGGAUCCCGAUCACUCCGAGCAUCACGACCAUGCCAUCUUCCUCACACGCCAGGGCUUCGGCCCUACAGGCAUGCAGGGUUAUGCCCCUGUCACUGGGAUGUGCCAUCCAGUUCGCAGCUGCACCCUCAACCAUGAGGACGGCUUCUCUUCCGCAUUCGUAGUGGCCCAUGAGACUGGACACGUGCUGGGAAUGGAGCAUGAUGGACAGGGCAAUCGUUGUGGUGAUGAGACAGCCAUGGGGAGUGUCAUGGCUCCUCUGGUGCAAGCCGCUUUUCAUCGCUAUCACUGGUCCAUGUGCAGUGGACAAGAGCUGAAGAGAUACAUUCAUUCCUAUGACUGCUUACUGGAUGAUCCAUUCAAGCAUGACUGGCCACAACUCCCCGAACUUCCUGGCAUCAAUUAUUCGAUGGAUGAGCAGUGUCGAUUUGACUUUGGAGUUGGAUACAAAAUAUGCACAUCAUUCCGUACAUUUGACCCUUGCAAACAGCUGUGGUGCAGCCAUCCAGACAACCCUUAUUUCUGCAAGACUAAAAAGGGUCCACCACUGGACGGCACCGAAUGUGCACCCGGCAAGUGGUGCUACAAGGGUCACUGCAUGUGGAAAAAUGCCAACCAGGUUAAGCAGGAUGGAGCUUGGGGUUUGUGGACCAAGUAUGGUUCAUGCUCUCGCUCCUGUGGCACAGGCGUACGCUUCAGGACACGUCAGUGCAACAACCCAGCUCCAUCUAAUGGUGGUCAGGACUGCCCAGGGGUCAACUAUGAGUUCCAGCUGUGCAACACAGAUGAUUGCCCCAAACACUUUGAGGACUUCAGAGCGCAGCAGUGUCAGCUCCGCAACUCCCACUUUGAGUACCAGAACACCAAACACCACUGGCUCCCAUAUGAGCAUCCAGAUUCCAGCAAGAGAUGUCACCUGUACUGCCAGUCAAAGGAGACGAGCGACGUGGCAUAUAUGAAGCAGCUGGUGCACGAUGGCACACGGUGCUCCUACAAGGAUCCCUACAGCAUCUGUGUGCGGGGGGAAUGUGUGAAAGUGGGCUGUGAUAAAGAAAUAGGUUCCAACAAGGAGGAAGAUAAGUGUGGAGUGUGUGGGGGCGACAACUCCCAUUGCAGGACCGUGAAAGGAACCUUUACCCGAACCCCCAAAAAAGCAGGUUACCUAAAGAUGUUCCUCAUCCCCCCUGGGGCUAGACAUGUGAUCAUCCAAGAACAUGAGGCUUCCCCUCACAUUCUUGCGGUGAAGAACCAGGCCACAGGACACUACAUCCUGAACGGUAAAGGAGAAGAGGUGAGGUCACGGAGCUUCAUAGACCUCGGAGUGGAGUGGGAUUAUGUAAUCGAAGAAGAUGCUGAGACUCUGCACACAGAAGGACCGUUACAUGACGCAGUCAUUGUUCUGAUUGUUCCAAAAGACAAUGAGACAAGAUCAUCAUUGAUGUAUAAAUACAUCAUCCACGAGGACUCUGUCCCAGUAAACAACAACAAUGUGAUUCAGGAGGACACAUAUGAGUGGGCUUUAAAGAGUUGGUCCCAGUGCUCGCGACCUUGUGCUGGAGGAUUCCAGUACACAAAAUACGGAUGUCGUAAAAAGGGGGACAAUAAGAUGGUACACAGGAGCUACUGUGACAUUAGUAAGAAGCCCAAACCCAUCCGGAGAAUGUGCAAUCUCCAAGACUGCACACAACCACAGUGGAUAACUGAAGAAUGGGAGCACUGCACCAAGACAUGUGGAAGCCUGGGAUACCAGAUCCGCACUGUGCGUUGUGUUCAGUUUCUGCAUGAGGGCACAAAUCGUUCCAUCCACAGCAAGUACUGCAGCGGAGAGAAACCUGAGACCAGACGUCCCUGCAACAGAGUGCCCUGUCCUGCCAGCUGGAGGAUUGGAGCCUGGUCUGAGUGCUCGGUGACCUGUGGCGAGGGAGUGGCACAGCGUCAGGUCACAUGCCGCAUCGGCGAUCAGUGUGCAGGUGAGAAACCGGAGACACAGAGGCCGUGCCGCCCAGGACCCUGCAAUGAUGAGCCGUGUAAAGGAGACAAAUCAAUAUUCUGCCAGAUGGAGGUCCUUACUCGCUACUGUUCGAUCCCAGGCUACAGUAAACUGUGCUGUGAAUCAUGCAGCAAGCGCAGCAGCACUCUCUCUUCUCUCCUGACUGAAGCGGCCGAGGUCGAGGAGGAGGUGCGAUUUGGCUCAGCUUCACAGAUACUCGAGACCCUCUCAUCCUCAGUCAAUCAAACCCUUAACCACCCGCAUCAAACACCCAACCCUCCCAGCAGCUUGGCCAAGCAAACCGCCAAUGGUGCAGUUCUCAAACCGAACACUGAGAGCAAAAGUGCAAAACGUCAGGUACAGGCCACUAAACCCAGCACUAGAAAUCUGCCAGCUAUGACAGUCUACAAGCAGCGCAACGACAACCUCGUUAGUGCUACAUCACAGCACACGGAUAGCCUCCUAGACAUUUCCAAGGUGGAAAGAUGAAGGCAAAUAUUACCCCCAUUUUUUUUUUUUUACGUUCCUGGACUUUUGUAGAUAUAA